AUGGGUUGCUUUGGUUGUUGUGAGAAAGAUGACAUGCACAAGGCUGCUGGUAAUGGGCCUUACAUGACAACUCAUGCUGCAGGCAACCAUGCAGGCUAUCACGCAACAGAAAGAGCACAAAAGGAUAAACAGAGUAUUAGCAUGCAGCCAAUAGCUGUGCCUGCCAUUCCAAUAGACGAGCUAAAGGACAUUACUGAUAAUUUCGGUUCAAAAUCGUUAAUUGGUGAGGGCUCUUACGGAAGGGUGUACCAUGGAGUCUUGAAAAUUGGACAGGCGGCUGCAGUUAAAAAGCUAGAUUCCAGCAAGCAGCCAGACCAAGAAUUUCUAGCGCAGGUCUCUAUGGUAUCAAGGCUAAAGCAUGAGAAUGUUGUUGGGUUGCUUGGUUACUCUGUGGAUGGUGGUCUUCGUAUUCUGGCAUACGAGUAUGCCCCUAAUGGCUCCCUACACGACAUUCUCCAUGGUCGGAAAGGUGUGAAAGGUGCACAACCAGGUCCAGUCUUGUCAUGGGCCCAGAGAGUUAAAAUUGCUGUUGGGGCCGCCAAAGGACUAGAAUACUUGCACGAGAAGGCACAACCUCAUAUCAUUCACCGUGACAUCAAGUCGAGCAAUGUUUUACUCUUUGAUGAUGAUGUUGCCAAGAUUGCGGAUUUUGAUUUGUCCAAUCAAGCCCCUGACAUGGCAGCGCGUCUUCAUUCUACUCGCGUCCUUGGGACUUUCGGUUAUCAUGCUCCUGAAUAUGCAAUGACCGGGCAACUAAGCUCAAAGAGUGAUGUUUACAGCUUUGGUGUUGUGCUCUUAGAACUCUUGACCGGCCGUAAACCAGUCGACCAUACACUUCCGAGGGGGCAACAAAGUCUCGUGACAUGGGCUACGCCUAAGCUAAGUGAAGACAAGGUGAAGCAGUGUGUAGAUGCUAGACUCAACGGAGAAUACCCUCCUAAGGCUGUUGCCAAGAUGGCUGCAGUAGCAGCCUUGUGUGUGCAAUACGAAGCCGAUUUUCGGCCAAAUAUGAGCAUUGUAGUAAAAGCUCUACAUCCCUUGUUGAAUACGAAUACUCGAUCUGGACCUCCACCCAACUUGUGA